AUGGUCAAGCCAAUCACUGGAAUGCUCCGAAGGAGCUUGGUGCUCGAUCUCGCAACUGCUUUCGGUCUCGGAACAGCGUCAGGCUACCUCUGGUGGUACGGCUUCCACAUCCCAUCCAUCCGCGUGCGCGACUCGUUCUACGGCAAGCUUGAAGACGAGCGGGCGAAGGCGCUUGGGCAGGUAUAG